AGAAGAAUAGGAGUCAGUAUAGGAAGGUGUGAGGCUGGCACAGAUCAGGAGGGCGAGGGAUACACAUGGCGUGGGCAACUGAGCAAUAGAGCCUGGCACUGUAGGACUACAGAACCAGCAAUAUAUGGCUACAGAACUGGACACCAGGGUCCUCCAGGAACAUGAGGGGACCCACAAGGACACACACGGAUUUACAUCCCUGUCUGCUGCACCUAAUGGGCUGGACUCUAAUGCACCAGACAGCACCGACCUGUCUGCAGUGGGAGACAUGAAGGGAAUUCAGAACGUUGGUUUUAUGGGAGACCCACCUCCUUAUUCUCCCCCAGACCCAAAAUUUGCUCAUCUGCUCUAUUCACCGUAUCAGACCAACUUCUCAGGUCCAAUGCCAGUCUUGUACCAGCCGGGACCCACAGCAAAUGUGUACCCUCAUCAGAACCUGCCACCAGGAUCAUACCCCUUCAUCACUAAUGACGGGGCCCUGCCGAUGUCCUCUUCUCCAGAAGUAAGAACCAAGGAUUACAUGGUAGAGUCUGUGCUGGUCAUGAUAUUCUGCUGCUUCUUGACGGGGAUCAUAGCUGUGGUUUACUCCCACGAGACUCGAACAGCUGUAAACCGAGGGGACAUUGCACAGGCGCAGGAAUCUUCUCGCAAAGCUCGCUCACUUGUCCUCUUCAGCCUACUUUUUGGGGUCUUCCUCUCUGUUAGCUGGGUUAUAUAUGUAGUGGUGGUGAUAUUUUUGUGAAAAAGCAACUAUCAACAAGUAACACGACACAAUUCACUAAGGCAUCUCUCCAGCAUGACUAUCUUAACCAUCAUCACCAAUCUUACUAGCAUUUCCACCCUCACCAACAUCACUAGAAUCUUUAGCUUCACUACCCUCUUCAGUGCCUCCAGCUUCACCAACCUUAUCAAUUUCUCCAGCAUCACCAACUGUAUCAGUAGCUCCACCUUCAACAACAUUAUCAGUCUUUCCAGCUUCACUAACCUUAUCAGUCUCUUCAGCUUCACCAAUAUUAUUAGUGUCUCCACCUUCGCCAACCUUAUCAGUUUCUCCAAUAUCCCCAACCUUAUCCGUGUCUCCACUUCAGCCAACCUUAUCAGUCUCUCCACCUUCACCAACCUUAUCAAUCUCUCCAGCUUCACUAACCAUAUCAGUUUCUCCAAUAUCCCCAACCUUAUCAGUGUCUUCACUCCAGCAAACCUUAUCAGUCUCACCAUCCUCACUGUUUCUAUCACCGUAUCAGUGUCUUGUCUAUCAACCUCAUCAGUCUUUCGAGCUUUACCAAACUUAUUAGUGUUUCCACCUUUACCAACCUUAUAAGUAUCUCUAGCUUUUCCAACCAUAGCAGUAUCUCCACCUUCACCAACCAUAUUCGUUUAUCCAAUAUCCCCAACCUUAUCAGUCUCUCCAGCUUCACCAACAUUAUCAACCUUCCACUUAUCAGUCUCUCCAUCUUCACCAACCUCAUCAGUCUCUCCAUCUUCACCAAUCUCAUCAGUCUCUCCAAAUUCAAAAUCUUAUUAAUGACUCCACCUUUUCCAACUUUAUCAGUCUCUCCAGCUUCACUAACCUAAUCAGUGUCUUCCUCUUCACCAACCUCACUAGCUUUUCCAUAUUCAAAUACCUCUGUCUCCAACUUUCACUAAUGUUAUCAGUCUCUCCACCUUCUCCACCUUUAUCAACCAGGCCUGGACUGGGCCGGCUCUUAUGUGAGCCUUGCUGUUCUAUACCACCCUCUCUUAAUAUGGGUAACAAUAGGAACAUUGUUACAGUCUGCCUAUUUAUUAAAUCAGAAAGUACGUAUUCUGUCUGACUUUUAAGCAGAGGCGCUGCAGGAUGAGAAAUCUGGUGUAUUACGGCUGCCUUGCUGACAGAGGUCUUACUGAUUUGGGCUGUUCUGCCUUUAAAUGCCUGGGUCUAUUUUUGGUCCCAGUCUAGUCAUCAACAUUAUCAGUUAUUUACCUUCACCAACCCUCUUGGUCUAUCCAACUUCACCACCCUUAUUAGUGUCUCAACCUUCACCAACCUUAUCAGUCUCUCCAACUUCACCAACCUUAUUAGUGUCUCCACCCUCACCAACCUUAUCAGUCUCUCCAACUUCACCAACCUUAUUAGUGUCUCAACCUUCACCAACCUUAUCAGUCUCUCCAACUUCACCAACCUUAUUAGUGUCUCCACCUUCACCAAACUUAUCAGUUACUUCAAUUUCACAAACCUGUCUUUCCAACUUCACAACCUUAUUAAUGACUCCAUCUGACUUUCCAACUUCACAACCUUAUCAAUGACUCCAGCUUCAAUAACCUAAUUAGUGUCUUCCUCUUCAUAAACCUCAUUAGCUUUUUCAUGUUUAACAACUUCUGUCUCCAACUUCACCAAUAUUAUCAGUCUCUCCACCUUCACCAACCUUAUCAACUUCUCCAGCUUCACCAACCUUAUCAAUGUCACUCUCCCUCCUUUUCCCAACUUCAUCAGUCUCUCCAUCUUCACCAACCUCACCACAAUCUCCAGGUUCACUAACCUUCACUAAAGCUCACUCAUCUCUCUAGUCUUCAUUGAAUCAGCUGCAUAGAAUAACAUGGCAAGUGUGAAGCUGGAGAGAACUGGUAAUGAAUUUUGCCCUCUGUCCUUUCCAAAGACCUAAUAAAUUGCAGUAGAUAGCUGCGUUAAACUGACUGCUGGAUUUAUUAAUAAAGAGAACGGGACAUUAUAAAUGAUUUCAUAGCUAAUUCUGCUGAUUUAUUAUAUAUUAAACUUGCAAUAUGUAUAUUUAUGUAUACAGAGAACAUUUAUGAUAAAAAUAAAUAUAUACAUUUA